AUGGCUAACGUUGCUUUUUUGGAUCCAAUGAAGAAUGAGCCGAAUCUUCAAACAGCUCAAGAUGUCGAUGAUUAUAUAAAUACUUUAACUUAACAUUAAAAUGCUUGCGAAAAGCAAGGGAAGUACAUGGAGGCAGAGGAUGCCAGGAAAAGAAUUAUUGAGUUGAGGAAGUAACUUAUAACAAAAAAAAAGAAAGAAUUAAUAAUAAAUUGGUAAAAUCAAAAGGAUUAGGCUGAGAGAGCCCAUAUGGAAGAAUACAAUUAAUUCAAUUAGUUUUGGGAUAACAAGAUGUUAAAUUUUAAUGAGGAGGCCAAGUAGGUAGAAUUGGAACUACAGAACCGUUAGUAGAACGAAUACAAGCAAUCACAAGAGGAACUAGAGCGAUCCACUCCUUACAAACCGAAGGAAUCAUCUGAAGUGUUAAAUCUAAAGAAAAUUGAGGAGCAUUUGGCUAAACAGAAGAAUUAUGUAGAGGCACAUGCUAUACAGAAUAAACGUGCUUAGUUGGAAGAGGAAGAGCUUAAAUCAUAUUCUGCAUAGAGAAGUUUGAAGAUAAAAACUUAAUUGCAAUACUUGGAGUAGAGACAUAUGAAUGAGUUGAAUGCAUUGCAGCAAAGAAUAAAGGCAGGACAGGAUGAGUUAAGGAAGAAUAGAAGCAUUGAUUUGGAGAGGUUAUUAUAGAAGUAUCAAAACUUGAAGAAGGAUUUAGAGUAGAGAGAAUAGAUGGACAUCUUAGCAUUUGAUGGAUAAUUUAAAACAAAAGGAUGUAGUAGUUAGAGUACAUAUAAGAGUGUGAUGAUGAUGUCUAAAAAAUGA